CGUAAUAAUGAGGGAAAUGGUUGGGCUAUUUUGCACAAGAUAACUGAGGCAAACAUAUUACAAAUAGAGUUGGCCAGCUCAAGCUACCAUAAAAAGCUUUCUUCCCAAAGUUCUAACCCUACAAGUGCAGGAACCACUGAGAGAAACUAGUUAGGAGAGGUUUGUAAGAAUUAGAGGUGCAGAGAAUGGGACGUGGGAAGAUUAACAUUUCAAGAAUAGAGAACAAAACCACAAGACAAGUCACCUUUGCGAAACGCCGAGCUGGGCUUUUGAAAAAAACUCAUGAGCUCGCUGUGCUUUGUGAUGCCCAGAUCGGCCUCAUCAUUUUCUCUGCUAAUGGCAAAUUAUAUGAGUUCUGCAGUGACCCUUUAAGCAUGGAGAAUAUAAUACAGAAGUACCAACUCGCAACAGGAACUCAAAUUAUGGAGCAAAAUGACAUUGAACAAAUGCAUGGUGAAAUGAGAAGAAUCAUGAGCGAAACCCGCAAUCUUCAACUGAGUCUACAGCGCUAUAUUGGGGAAGAUUUGAGUUCACUAAGUUUGGGUGAACUGAAUGAACUCGAGCAUGUUUUAGAGCAUUCCUCUCAUAAAAUUCGAACUCGCAAGUUUGAAAUCUUACAGCAGCAGAUGGAGAAUCUCGAGAGAAAGGAGCAACUACUGGGGCAAGAUAAUGAGCACAUGUUUCAUCUGUUAAAGGAGCAGCAGGCAGCUGCAACAACAUAUGAGGAGCAGAAUGAAGUAGUAAAUGUGAGAAAGAUAGAAGAAGUGGAGAGAAUGGGAGGAAUGAGUCAUAUUUUGGAUCAAUUCCCAUUUGGUGGAGAAGACCAACCAAGCAGUGUUCUUCAACUCACAACACUUCAUCAGACUGCUACUCCUAAUAACUUUUACCCUUAUCGUCUCCUUCCUACUCAGCCAAACCUUCAAGAUUACACCCUUAACUAAUCCAUCUUUAUAUAUGCACACUAUUCUAUCCUCGUAUAUUAACUAUUAUUAUUGUCAUACAUACAUAUGACUGCUACUUACGUGUGUGCUUUCAGACUUUUACAUAUGACUUUUGAUUUUUUGACUUUCCUACAAUUUGAUUGAGAUAUAUGUGUAAAUGUAAUCAUCACUAGUGGUUUUUACCUUUUUAUCAUCCUAUA